AUGUCGACUAAUAAAUCCCCGACCGCUCGUGAUGAAGCCGCCGCACAUCUCGAAGUCUUCCGUCUAGACGACCUCCCACAGGAGCUUCGCAACCUGAUCUAUGAAUAUGCCCUAGAGCCGAAGGUCAUAUUGCGGCAUAGUUACUUGUGUGAUAGAUUCCCUGGGUACCAUUUACCCAAUGUUGAUCCUCAUCCGGAAGAUAUCGACAACGACGAUGAUGGCAAUGACGACGAAUAUUAUACGUUCGAAGAUUUUGUGCUGUAUGGAAAUGAAGGGUCCUGGAAAGAUUACAAUCUACAGUAUCCAAGUGUGGCCGACCUCGCUGCAGUCUUGACAUUCAAGGUCUUGAUCUCAACUCCCCUACUCGCCGUGUCUAAGGCUACGGAUGCGGAGGUACAGAAAGUACUAGACACUACCAAGGAUUCCUGGAUACAAUACUAUCAGGAACUGAUAUCAGCGUCCACACAUCUACAUCGGAUUAGAUCACCAAGUGUAGCUAUCAUUGACCUGUGGUCUUGCAGCGAACUUAUUCUAGAUAGUUAUGCCUCCAGUUCCAUGUUCUUCUUGCACAACCUUCCAGACUCGCUGAAAUCAUGCACUCGCCGGCUGGUUAUUUGUAGUAGCCUCUUGGGCGCCGAUGACGGUGAUGCUCGUAUAGCAUGGGCCAAAGGAAAAACAGGUAGAGGUGGGGCCUUCUUUACCAACUGGAUUUCCGACAAUCUACCUAACCUACGUACGGUGGCGAUCAAGAUACCAGACAGUUCCGGGGGCAUGGAAUGGAACUGGAACCCGGCCUCGGACCUUUUGUGCGAGAUGCUCCAGCAUGGGCGUCUGGAUACUGUGCGGUUCUUUUACAAAGAGGAUCGCGAACACACGGAGACAGACGGUUCCUCUUUCAGGCACGUAACGCUGAGCGAGUAUACUUACGAGGGGCUAGAAGGAUUAGAUGAUUCAUUUUUGAGCGGCGUUGAGGAAUCCAUAUCAUCUACUUCAAUCGUAUCCGAACUAUGGCGAGACCUAGGAGUACGCCGUGUUGUCAAGAUCACGGGGUCGCAGGCACGCAUCGGGAAGGAAAGAGCAUAUUCCAAACCUCAAGGAUCCUCGACAGACCGAGACCAAGUCGAACGACAACUGCAACUUUCACGCGCGCGACCUGGCAGCGCAUAA